UGACACAGCAGCAGUCGGCCGCUGGGUAGCAGAAUGAGGUAGUUGUAUGUCGUGUCUGGCAUGCGGAGUGUUUAAGUCGCCCUCACCUCCUCAUGUUCUCUGGGUGUGAAACGGUUCUGCAUUCUAGAAGAUUCUUCGUCUCGUGUCUCCAACUGCACCCCCAUAGACUCUACACCUCUGUCUCCAUAGCGAUACCUCCCUCCAUCACACUCUCCUCCUCCUCCUCAUCCUGCUGUCCACAGCGUUCAUCCUCCCUUUCACCACAUCAUCACAUUCUUUCCUCUGGCCCUCUCUAUCACUCUCUUAACUCUUUCUCCUCCUCAUAUUUUCUCUCUUCAUGCCAUCGUCCUAUCCAUUCCUCAUUCUCUAGAAGGCCUUAUCACUCUUUAUCCUCCUCCAUUUUCUCUUCACACUAUUCUCCUCUCCCUUCUUCUUCAUCGUCCAGAGAGCCUCAUCCCUCUCUCCUCCUCCGCCACUCUUUCUCUUCGUCAUCCUGUUCCGCUGGAGCGAUGGAUCUAAAGGAAGUGCUUGAUAUCCUGGAGCAGCUUGCCCCUCUCUCAUUGGCCGAGUCCUGGGACAACGUCGGCCUAUUGGUGGAGCCCAGCAAGCCUCGUCCAAUCAAAACCAUCCUGCUGACCAACGACCUGACGCUGCCCGUCAUGGAGGAGGCUGAGGCCAUUGGCUGCGACCUGAUCGUCUCCUACCACCCGCCGCUGUUUCGACCAAUGAAACGGCUGGUGCAGAGGGACUGGAAGCAGCGAUUGGCUGUGAGGGCGGUGGAGGGCGGGAUGGCCGUGUUCUCUCCUCACACCUCAUGGGACAGCGCGAAAGGCGGCCUCAACGAUUGGCUCAUCGGAGGAGUAGGUAGUGGCAGUGUGUCCGUGUUGAGCCAGGCCCAGUGCAGCGCCCCCCAGAGGCAGAAGUUGGAGUUCACCGUUAAGAAUCAGGAGCAGCUAGACGCCAUCAUGGCCGAGCUGAAAGAGACACCAAACAUCAACACACUACAAUAUACUACUGUCAGGUUGGAGUCUGAUGGAUUCCAUGCGAGUGUGGUGUGUGGUGGCUCGGUGCUGCCCUCGUGUGUUCAGGUGCUGUUAGGACAUGCAGCAGUGGGCCCCAGCAUGCGCAUCACCCAGCUACAGCAGUCUCCCCUGAUUGGCUGUGGCCAGGGCCGCCUGUGUCACCUGAGUGAGCCGGUAACCGUGGCGACGGCUGUGCAGCGUAUGAAGGCUCACCUGGGGCUGCCACACCUGAGACUGGCACUCGGACACCAGAAGACCACAGAGUCCCUGGUGAGCUCCGUAGCAGUGUGUGCAGGAUCAGGAGCGUCCGUUCUACAGGGAGUCAAAGCAGACCUCUACAUCACAGGUGAGAUGUCGCAUCACGAGGUGCUGGACGCGGUUGCCACGGGGACCAGUGUGAUCCUGAGUGACCAUAGUAACAGCGAGCGCGGCUUCCUGGCCGUCGUCAGGGAGAGGCUCACCGUCCGCCUGCCCGACUCCAUAACCGUGGCGAUCUCAAAGACUGACAGAGACCCCCUGGAGGUGGUCUGACCAAUCACAAGCUGAGCUGGUGACUACACUGACCAAUCAGAGCAGACAUCGAUGACCCCUCAUGAGAAAUUGGACAGUUUAAAAUCUAAGUGAUCCAGGUUCCUCAAUGGCUGUGGCUUUACAUUAAAUGUUACUUUAAAUGUUGACAGCACACUGUGGAGGUGUUGUUACCAUGUCUGUAUAUUUUGACAUCCAUCCAUGUCAAUAAAGUAAUUAUGAUGGCGAA